AUGCCUCUCGAUGGAAGUAGUACAGAAUUACUCAAUACACAAACUUCAACUAAAAAAAAACGUUCACAUAAAAAACGACGACAAAGCCGAAAAUUAAAAACAAGAAUUUUAGACGGAAAUGACCCUAAUGGUCAAUCAUCUAAUGGCAUUAAAAAUACUCUUAAUUCAAAUCGAUGUGAUAUAAAUAAAUUAACACCAGCUAAUCUCUCUUCACUUCGAUGGGAUAAUGUAUUAAAUGAUCCAACACUCGAAACUGAACGUAUUGAACGUUAUAAAGAACUUCGACGACAACGUUAUAUAGAUGCUCGACAAAAUGCUAUUCAAACACUCAUGGAACAAAUGCAAGUAACUAUUACAAAUGAUACAACAAAUAGUCCUGGAAAUGAAUGA